GUCGCAACUGGAGGUUACGACUGACCGUUACAACAUCACGGAUGGUAACCGAAGCGGCAAUCGAGUCGCUGUGCGACUCGAUAAACCGUUCCUGUAACUGUAUUCUACAACUGCUUUCUUAUCCUCUAUAUAUUGCUGUAUGCUUGUUUCUUUAAUCAA